AUGCCCGAUUAUUCAAAGUCAAAGUCUAUCGAAUCCAUAACGGAUGGUUGGAACUAUAGCAUUCAGAUGAACCGUUGGUUUUUGAAGCCGAUCGGCGUAUGGCCGUUGACUCUCUGCGAGACCACGGUGGAAAAAAUUGGUUGCAUGAUUCUGACGGUGAUCAGUUGUUUAUUGAUAUGUUUCCUGCUCAUCCCAUGCACUCUCUGCACUAUCCUAGUAGAUACUGAUCUCGACACCAAGAUCAGAAUGAUCGGUCCGGUCAGUUUUUUGCUAAUGGCCGCGGUGAAGCAAUACAUCCUCAUUAUCCGCAGCGAGAACAUCGACGAAUGCAUUCGGCACAUUCGCGUGGAUUGGAGCCGUGUCGCGUUGAAUCAUGAGAAAGAUCGAGAAAUAAUGGUGAACAAUGCUAAGUUCGGCAGGUGGCUAUCCUCCAUCAGCGCGAUCUUCAUGUAUUCCGCAGGUAUAUUCUUCACCACGGUGAUGCCGAUUUGCGCAAGAAGAACAGAGAUCAUUGACAAUGAGACAGUGAGGUCGCUCUCCUUUCCAAUUUAUCGUGGUCUCUUCGAUCCACGCACCACGCCAUCCUUCGAAAUCGCGCAAUUCACGCAAGCUUUAGCUGGUUACGUCAUUUAUACGAUCACUAUCAGCGUGUGCAGUCUGACAGCAGUACUUGUCAUGCAUGCCUGCGGUCAAUUUCGGAUACUCAUGCUAAAGAUGGAGGACCUCGCGGACGGAAAAGAAAGGAAGAGUGCGAAUAGUACGCACGAGGGAAGACUCGGUGAUAUCGUGGAACAUCAUAUUAGGAUACUCAGUUUUAUCGCUCUCACAGAGAAACUUUUAAACGAAAUUUGUCUCGUGGAUGUAGUCGGAUGUACGCUCAACAUAUGUUUUCUAGGAUUUAAUAUGAUGACGUGUAUACAAAUCGGUAUGAAGUCUUAUAUGAUAAAUUGGUAUCGGAUACCGAAUAAGGGAGCACUCGGUUUGACAUUAAUAAUGACCAUGUCGAAUGCCACCAUCAAACUUACAGCUGGAAAAUUUAUGGAUUUAUCCUUAGCCAGUUUUUGUAGUAUUGUUAAAGCGUCCGUGGCUUACCUGAAUUUACUUCGCACUUACACGCGAUCACAUCAUUAUUUUCCCGCGCUUGCGUCGCCACGCAGACAUCAGGAUGGUAUCGUAUGCGUAUUUCAGUCGGCGUUGUACACUAUGGACGAUAGCAUGCGCGAUCGAUCCCAACUUCCAGACAGGAUACACAAUAUACAUUACGAGCACGACAUAUACUACGCCAUGCAGCUAUGCCGAUGGAUCCUGAAACCGAUCGGUAUCUGGCACAUGAUUUACAGUCGCUCGUCGCAAAGCGAGAAACUUCUUUCGUUAAUACUGAUCUUCGUGUGUUUCUUUGGUCUGUGCUUCGUGCUUGUACCCGCCGGUCCGUACACUCUAUUUCGUGAGAAGGACAUUAACAUUAAGGUCAAGCUUUUUGGACCGGUUGGAUUCUGUCUAACUUCCGCGAUCAAAUAUUGCUUCCUCGGAGCGCGUGCCUCGUCGAUCGGGAGAUGUGUCGAACACGUCGAGAGCGAUUGGCGGAUCGUGCGACAUUAUGACCAUCGUAGAAUGAUGCUGAGAAACGUGCUGGUGGGCCGCAGACUAACGACGCUGUGCGUGAUCUUUCUUUACACCGGCGGCAUGUCUUAUCAUACGAUCAUGCCAUUGUCUUCCAGAACGAAGACGAAUGGCAGCUUCACAAGUAGACCGCUAGUUUAUCCGGGAUAUGAUCUCUAUUUCGAUUCUCAAGCAAGUCCCGCUUACGAGAUCAUCUUUGGCAUGCACUGCCUGUCCGCUAUGAUACAAUAUAGCGCUACAACAGCAGCGUGCAGCCUGGCUGCAAGCUUUGCGACGCACGCGUGCGGACAGGUGCAGAUAUUGAUGACACUUUUGGAUGAUCUAGUCGAUGGGAAAAGGACUAAAGGUACCAAUGUGGAGAAACGUCUAAGAUUGAUAACGAAGCAUCACGUGCGUGUGCUGAGAUUUACGGCUGAUGUGGAGAAAAUAUUACGUGAAAUAUGCUUACUGGAACUGGUUGCUGCAACCUUGAUUAUAUGUUUGCUCGAGUAUUAUUGCAUGACGGAAUGGGCGAAUAGCGAUGCCGUGGCCAUCCUGACAUAUUUUAUGUUACUGAUAUCUUUAACGUUCAACAUUCUAAUAUUUUGUUAUAUCGGUGAACUCCUCGUGGAAGAGUUUGGCAAAAUUGGUUCAGCCGCGUAUGAAGUUAAUUGGUAUGAUCUACCCGGCCAUAAGGCUGUAGAUCUUGUAAUGAUAAUUACAAUGUCUUAUUACCCACCCAAGCUUACAGCUGGCAAGUUCUGUGAUUUAUCUCUCAAUACUUUCAGCACCGUGAGUGUCAUAAGCACUUAA